GAAGUUUCUUAAACUGCUGAAAGAAGAGGAAGGCAUCAAAGGACUACUCACGAUGGCACAAUCUGGAAACAUAGAUAUCAUUGCUCAAGUGGCAAGAGGGAUGGCAAAUUUUGCAAAGUGUGAAACUCGAGAAAUUAUGCAAGGGCGUAGAAAAGGUCGUUCUCUUCUCUUGGAAGAGGGUGCUCUUGAAUGGUUGACUUCAAACUCACAUAUUGAGUCAGCAUCAACACAACGUCACAUUGAGCUUGCGCUUUGCCAUUUAGCUCAAAAUGAGGAAAAUGCGAAUGACUUCAAAAGGACAGGAAGCGUGACAGAGAUUGUAAGAAUAUCUGUGGAGUCGAGUAGAGAUGAUAUUCGCAGUUUAGCAAAGAAGAUACUCAAAACAAACCCUUACUUCUCAAGCUGAAGAAGAGAUGGAAGAAAAGACAUGUACAUAACAGAACUGGCGAGUUGUACAGAUUCUUAGCUGAGUCUGUGAGAAUGUCAUUAGAUUGACUUUGUGAUUGGGAUGACAUAUAUAUGGACGACAACGACAAUCAAGGAGAGACAGCUAAGAUUCUUACAAUAGGAAUGUUAGUUUGUAAGAACUGAUUUGAUGCUGUAUACUGUCUCCGUUGGAUGUGGAAUCCAUCCAUUGCUAAUUUUUGUGAACAGUUUUCAUGAUU